UGUGCUGAGCCUACGUGUUGGUGAAGCAUUGGGAGUGGAGGCGGGGCUGUCAUCCUCUGGCUCCGAUAGCGUCACAGUGGGAACCCCCUGCAAGCCCACACUGAGGACGUUUUCACGCUCGGACACACUGACUGGAGGCGCGUGUUGCUGCGGCUCAGUCUUGGCAGUUUGAGGAUGGGACUCGGUCAAAGUGAUCUUCACCGGGCUGGCCGUCUGCGGGGUGCCACCCAGGUUUCGGUAGGAGCGGUAAUCUGACAGCUCUUCAUCAGAUGGCUCCUCCACAUAGGGGAAAGAGUGGGAGCCCAGAGCUGAACCUAGGUUUUCCUCCUCCUCCUCUUCCUCAUCUCCUCCGUGGUUUUUAUCCAUGUAGCUGCCCAACGUGUCCACCAAGCUGUGCUGGUCAUGGCGCUCAUCCCCGUGGCUAAUGUCCAUGUAGUUGUAGGAUUCUGUCUUAUCUGAGCCAAACAGAGAUUUCGGCAUCUCAUCAGCCAGGUUGGAAGUCAUCGUGGUGCUGGAGCUGAAGCUAUAGGCGUCGCUGGAGAAGGGAUCCAGGGCAGAGGAGCCAGAGGAGGGUUUGGACGGUUUCAGGUCGUCCGACAGGUAGGAGGCUUCUCGACCCGAUGUGUAGCUCUGAUUUGACAUCAGGGAGGUGUAGACAUCGCCAUCAUCAUUUAUGGGCGUCCUAAACAGGCCAGACAUGUGGUCAUCUAAAGAGAUCGACAGGAAGAGAGAGAACUGAAACUCAGUGAGGUUAGAAGGAUGACAGCAGUCUCUGUGUCACACGCUCGAAUCAAAUCAGCCCGUGCCGGAGCUUUUUGGAUGAAUGAAAACAUACAGUUAAACAAGACUAUGCUUCAGCUGGUGCUGCUGCCAGGGGAAAGGGGCUAUGGCACUGGGAGGGCAGCAUAGUCAGACUGGGUGCUCGGCUGUGAAGACCAGUGAGGCAGCAGUAACAGAGGGUACUUGUACUCAGUGUGGGACAAAGGGGGAUUGUUCAGACCCCAAAAAACCCACAGUGACACAACCAGAGUCUGUUCUAAAUCAUGCAGGCAAAGAGCUUUCUCUCGUCACAUCUCUGCUCUGCAAUCACUAUAAUCCUGCAUCUCCCCCUGACAAAUUAGUGUUAUGAAAACAAACGCGCACAUAAAAUACACCGUAUGUGCAAGCUAAAAUAAAAAGGCUACAGCUACUACACUAGGUUGACAAAACUCUUCCAUGAUAAAUGUUUAAAAUAAAUACUUCAAGCACAGCAUGCAUCUCUGUGGUAUUCAACACACAUGCAAAAUUUAACUAAUACUAGUUAAAAUGAUACAAUUGUAGUGCUAAUGAUCUUCAAUUAGGAAUGCACAACCGGCACAUGUCGGCUGUGAAUCUGUGUGCGCUCUGCUGUAAAAUAUCACUCAACACUUCACUGAAUAAUUUGUUACAGCGCUGCAGCAACACAUUAAGGACGCUCAUAUUACAUGACUUGCAAAACAGGAAGAGACAAACUUGAUCGGGAUGUUGUUUCAAAUGAUCAGAAGUCAAGGCCAAGGCAGGUAUUCAGUCUUGUUGACUUUAAGUCAUUUAAGUCAGGAUACUCCCCACUAACAAACACACACUGUGUCAUGUUCAUACACAAAUACAGGAGCAUACACACAAUAUACAUACCCUGUACACCACCACUCUGAUGCUAAUAUGUGCUAUGUACAAGUCAGAGUUUAUACUUCCACAUACUGAGCACCUCCUCCUGCUCUCUAGCCCUGCUUCUCCCGGGGCAGCGGUGGUGCUAUAAAUAGGCUGGGUCCAGCUGCUGGGCUGGAUGGGAUUUAAAAUAGCAGCCUCGGGGUUAGCUCUGGAGGAUGCUGAAUGACUGACAGAAGACCCAACAGGUCAGGACGACCCGUCCCUCCCUUCGCUUCCUCUAAAAAGCCCCACCACCCUUCCCUUCUGCCGUCCUUCCUAACGCUGCUCCUUCAUCGUCAUUAACAAUACAUCGCACCGCAGUACAAUGGCACGAACGCCACACACCCAUGCUGGGACACAUGGGGGGGAGGGCUGACGUGACAUGGAGGCAAAGCAAAGCAGGCCCACGCUCUUGAGCUGCAGAUUAUUUAGCAUCUAAUAGACUCAAAUGUCUUGUAGAUCAAGCCAUACGCAGUAUGGACGGACAAAGCCGCUGAGCCAGCUUCAGUUCAGCGACACGAAUGCCCUUGAUGUACCGCCGAUGUAUAAUCCUCUUAGUGUACGACCAUCGUAUAGGUCACGUCAGCCAUUACACUGGCAACACCAUCCUAAUCUUACACUCACUGAUAAACUGCACAAAAACCUACUCUGGGAAGCACUCGGGGCCUCUACACACUGUGAAGAGAGGUGAUCUCAGGAGCUGUGAACGGCCAGUAAUCCUGUUGACUGUAGGCAACACACACACACCCUACAUACCAACAGAUGAACUCACCAGCCUUUGCAUAAGGCAUCUGUAACCAAAAAGAAGCUGGUGCUGGGCUUUAACUGCCGUGGUGGCAGCCAUGCUGGGCAUUUUGAAUGUGUUGAUACGGCGUAGCACCCAGACACUGGGGGGGGGGGGGAGAACCCUACAAGGCUGAAACAAAUGCUUUGCUGCACUCGGAUGGGAUUGGAUGUGACAAUAGAGGAAUGCUCCGCUCACACUGUAGCCGCACAACGUAAUCAUGUCACUGAGGGGAUGGUGUAGUUAAAUAAAUAAGUCCCGGUGGAUGUGCUGUGAAGGGGCAGCCCUUUUGUUGUCCUCUGUGCAGCCAGUGCAGCCCCGAAACUAAUGCAGCCUGACAAUCUGUGCUAUACGCCAAGGCAUGGGCUCCUAAUUAUCAGGCUGCAGACGAAAACAUGCGAGCACAGACGCUGUUAAAAGAGCCAGAGUUGCAAAAUGAAUAUAUUACCACUUCUGAAAUGAAGGGGUUUACUGAGCUGCAUGUGGGACUCUGUGUGCAAGAGGGUUUAUUCCCUUGAAGACACUUACUGAUCCACUGCAGUUAUUCAAUAAAUAAACUAAUGCGAUAACACAAAGGGAUUUUAAAAUCGAUGACAAAUGUUGUCUUUGCAAGUCUCCAGAACAUCGUGUUGUCUCACUUCUAGCAGCCAGGAGUCUUUCAAAGGAACUAUCGAAGUAAACACCGCUGUUAAUAUCAUCAGAAGUCCAGCUUUACUUUUAAUCGACUGCAGUGUAAUGAUUGCAUAACUCUGUCCGCGACCCCCUUUGACUGCGGUGUUACCUUUCAGGAGCUCUAUUUCACUGCAUGACCUUGUGGAAAGUAAUCCAUCAAGACGCUCACUUACUGGGCUCCUGUUUCAAAGCCAUCUGUGCCUUUUUGAGAUGAAAUAAUAUGCUGCAGCUAUAUCAUUUUAGGUACUCAUUGUCCCGUGUGCUGGGAACUGCACUAUACGUUCUUCCUAAAGAUAAAAACAGAAAUUGUUUGAAGACUGAAUAAGCUGUGCACAUUUUAUGAAACAUUGAAAUUAGCCAGUGAAAGACUAAAAAAACAAUGUAUGUUAACAAAGAAAUGUUUACAUAAAUAUGUUAUUUGAAAGUACACAGAAGUACAUAUGUUUUAUAGAGAGGGAUAAACCAAGGCUCACUGUGACUGUUAAUGGUCUCUGGCUUUAUGUAUUGAUUACAAAAUCCUUGGCUGAACAAAUAGAUGAAUACUAGUCACUAACUAUCCACUUUAAAGAAGAAGAUAAUGGAGAGCACAAAGGCAGUCUAAACUAAGAGCUGAGGUUCAACACGACUACGAGCAGACGUCGAUAGGAGAGCAGUUGUGCUGAGGGAUACAACUGCCCUGAGCUGCAUUGAUCCGAGACAACGAGGACCCACAAUUAUUGUGAGAAACGUCAGCGUCUCCACCGUUCUCAGAAAAAUCACUAAAGGCCACACAGGACGAAUGUUGUUGUUCCAGCAGCCCUCGUCAAAGAUAAAUCAAUGCAGAGGCAGUUAAAAUAAAAGCUAAUCUGUCCCUGUUCAGAGUCUUAAGUCAUGGUACCUGUCUUCCACUGUAUUGAUCCUAUUUUUCUUGCUUCGAUAGAGCUUUAUGGAUCAAUGGAGAGGAUGUGGGAGGAGCUGUCAAUUCACUGUGACUUUGGAUUGGCGGUUCACUUUUCAUUGUACAGAAUUUGGCAUUAAAGCGUACAGACGCGUAGACCACAAUAACCAACACCAAAAUAAGAUGGACUAUUAUUGUUUAAAGGUCUCUCUGCUGGUAUAGUAGCUCUGAUCCCACGAGCGGUUUUGUAAUACUCUGCUCGGGGAUUACUUUGUGCCCACAGGCUGGAGAGCUGGACCGAGGCAGUCACAUUGUAAACAUACCAUCAUAUUUCUGGCUUUCCAUUGUUUUCAGUGUAAACACAGGGGAUGAAAACACAUGAUGGAUGAUGAUUUAUUGAUAUUAUGAUAGCAAUAAUGCUUUGUUUUUGUCCCCUGUAGUGGGGCUUUUUGAGUCCGUCAUGCUUUCAUAACUAGGCAUUAGCUAAUUGUUCCUGGAGACAGAUGAAGAUGAAUGAGAUUAGAAUCCUGGGAUGAGCACUCUAAAUCAUCCAAAGCAGACAGACGAGUGUAGUGUGCACCCUUUAAACCUUAUUGUAUUAUGUAAGGUGCUGGACAACACAUUUUCAAACACAAUAGCUGACACUGACGCAGUAAGUAAGUGCUUUUGUCAGAGUCAGACACUGAAUUAAAGGGAUCCGUGGCCGUAAAGACAGUUCUUUGUAUUUCCUGUUUUUUCCCUGACAGUCUGGCCGAACUAUCGGCCUCCUCAUCGCAGCCUUGCCUCUCUUGCCAUUAAGCUGCCCCUCCCCCCCCUCCUCCUCAUCAUCCUCUACCCCUGUAUUAUCUUUCAUUUUUAUCAUCUCGUCUGAAAAUACCUAGCACUGCUCUGCCCCCUGGGAACAGGAGCUAAAUGCACAAAUGCACUGUGCUGGCUUAUGCAGUGCAGUGGAGUCCACUAAGUGCUUUCCCUAUUUGACAGCUAUGGAAAAGACCCGGCCAGACAUAUGCUGUCUCAUCCUUGUCCCUGGUGAUAUGCUGAAAUGGAGAAGAACUCAAAUCUAAUCCACCUAUCGAGUAUUGUGUUGGAGGAUGUUUCUCACGGCAAAGGCACUUUGUCAGGAUGUGAUGAAGUAACUAAUAUAAUCCACUGUAAUGAGCUGGUAGGAAGAAAAAGGACGUCACCAUGUGUGUGCACAAUAUGCACUGAGUUGUUUUCUUCUCAGACAGCAGGAGAGGCUAGUAGACACACCAUGUGCUUCAGAGAAACUGUGGGAUUCUCACAGCAAACUUAGACCUCGUCAUGAUUCAGCAAUAUCUUUCCACAACUUUAAUCCUCAUGUCUUUGGAAACCUUCACAGGAUGAAAAGAAAAGCUAUACCGUACUGCACCGUCUGUGAACCACGGCUAAGGGUCUGUCCUGUAGUGAUUUCUUACAGCUGAAAUCAGCAUUCUUAGCGUCCUGCGGGUAGAUUACUGUUGUGAACAAGAUUUAGGACAAGGGACGGAUCAAUUACCUAGAGAGGCAAUUGUAGACAUCUUGGAGAGUUAUUAUUUAACAAUUCACUCCGUUCAAAAGGCCCAAACUUCUUUGCUUCCCUCGGUAAAACUAAAUAUUUUAAGUUUCCAAAAGUUGGAAUAUUAUUUUGUGAUUAUUCACCAGCACCAGCAGCGAAGGGUAGUUGGUAACAGAGGGGGUUGUUGUGAGUGAUGCGUGUCUUUGACGAGGCUCAGAAUAGACGAUAAUAUGUCUGGUCAGCAGGAAAAGGUCCAGUCUGCCUUGAGAUGUGAUGAGAUCUGCACUGUUCCUACCAAGAACACAAGUGACAGAGUGGAUUAUCUCACUGGUAUGGACACGGCUCAGCGGGAGUCACAGCAAUAAGAGACAGCUUUUCUUUCCAUUUCUAGGAAUCAAAACAUAAUCUGUGUGUGUGUGUGUGUGUGUGUGUGUGCGUGCCUACAAGCGUUGGAGCUUGCCUGGCACACUGUUAUGAAAGUAGAGUAGAGCAUGUGCUUUGUUGUCAUUUUCUAAGAAAGCCGGACCAAACAUCGACUAUUCAGUUCAUCCUUUCACGUGUAUUUUACAUGCAGUCUGCUUAAAAAUUAUACAUUUUGUAAGUUAUAUACAUUUUGCAAUAGCUUUUUUUCCAAUUGCACCACGUUUAUCUUUAGAUGUUUAAGUUCUGCUUGCAUGCUAAAUUCUGCGCCUCAAAAGGGAUUAAAGUCUAAAUUAUGCAUCUUGUACUGAACGGAAAAAUAACAUUUUUCUUUUUCUUGUUUUGGAUCAUAGCAGCCAGUGGAAUGAGAAAGGCCGGAGAGGAGACUAGGCUGCGAUUUUUCUUUCUGUUUUUUUUUUUCUUUUUUUUUUUUGAACAUCUUCUCAUGAAUUUUUCAGUGAACUCGUGAAAGAAAGUACACGGCUCUAGUUUUGCUAGCCAAGCGAAUAGUGAACCCUGUUCUUUCAGGAUUAAAAAUAGCAGCAACAGCCGAGCUGUGCUGAGGAGAGAGUGGCGGACUGAGGUCUGCAUGAUGUUCCCACAGGAACCACUCCAGCAUCCAAUAAUAUAACAUUAGCAAUAUCCAGACAGGAAAGUUUAGGCUCCAACAGGACUGAUACUAUCUUUUGGGAUUUAAUCAUUUUCAGACACGUGCUGAAAAUGGCUAUGAAAGCUUUAGGGCUCCUCAUCUAUUUGUCACCCCUCUGCCCCACCAUACCAUAGUGCAGGUAUUCUAUGAAGCUAUGGAUACAGGCCUACCUACAUGUGGGAGCUGGUACAACAGGCUACUGUUAAAGCGCGCUGCUUCACAUCUGUAUGACAACACAACGAUACAACAAUGGGUCAUAACUGAUGUUUCAUAAUGCUAAAGCUCUACCUAAGCCUGCAUACAUUUAGUUUAGAAGAUGUCUUAAACCAUCACUGUGGCGACAGCUCAUUUACGAUCAUCUCACAGAAGUUACUGUGUUUUCAAGCCCCGAAGUCUUAACUGAGCGGACAGACAGACAGACAGGUAACGCUGAGUCUGUGUGACAAACGUACUGCGUCUCUCUCUCCCUGUAUUUACAUCUAUGUGGGGUUUGUCCAAAAAUUAACCCCGACGUGGCUGAAAUACUACGAAUUGGUAAAUAUCGACACUUAACUGCCACGCUUUUACCUGUAGAUGCAGUUCCCAUAGCAACGUGAGGCCCUUUUUUCCCGUCGUCCUGAAAAGGAUGAGAUUGUGGAUCCAGGUCUGCAGACACCUCGCCGCCUCUCGGCUUACAUUCCUCACGGAUCUCGGUGAACCGGGCCGGUGUGUUCCCAAACAGGCCGUUCCUCUCGUAGUCAUCCCCGAACCACUUCCCCUCCGAGCCGAGCUCCUCACCGGGCUGAGCAGACAUGCCUGUUUUAUCGGACAGAAGAGAUACGCGCUAACGAUACACUGCUUCUUCUUCUUCAGCUUCUUCUUCUUCCUCUUCUUCUUCUACAGUAUGCCGGGGCGCUGUUUACUGAGCAGUGGCAAUGGUUGACAGAGACAAACACACACACACACACACACACACACACACAAACAAUUCAGAGCUCUUUGGCUUGCGUCUGUCUACUGAGCCGCUGGGGUUUGAUUACACGCCACAAAUGAGACGGUGUCGGUCGGUCAGAGGAGCAAGAGGAGAGGAGACGAGGUUGAUUGUUUUAGUUCAGUGCUCCAACGGUGACGUCAUGGUGUCCGCGAGGCUCAGGGUUGGCACUUUAUUUGGGGCAGAGUUUCUCACACACACACACACACACACACACACGAGAGGCGUAUAAAUGAAGUCGAGUGUGACAUUUGACGGAGUGAAUGACAGCUGAAUUAUAUGCUGAGAAACCAGGCCACAGUGACUCUAACGUACAGAUGAGUCCGUUAAAAUGGACGCAGAGGGAGUGUAAUAAAGUAUAAUAAAGAAGGAAUGUCCGAGUCAAUAAUGCGCACUGACAUUUUCAAAAAAUGGCAAGAGUUUCACGAGUGACGUUGUAUAAAAAGUGUGCCUAAUAACAAAGCAAGCGUUAUAUGGUUUUUGUGAGAAUGUAUCUAGUAGUGUAGCGCCCUCGCGUGGUCGCUCAAAGUAUGACCAGGACCGCACACGUUCUUCCAACAUGGCUUCUUAGCAACCAGACGCGCCUGCCUGGACACGGACCGACGCAGUUACCAAACAUUGCUGAAAUUUAGUUUGUUUAGUUCCUUACUAACCUCGGUUGUUUGUUACCAUACACCCGAUAUCUGGCAGCCUAGUCGACAUGGCGUUUAUUUAGUCUCGCAAUAGACCAUGAGUGAAAUAAAGCAGGAUAGAUGCAUUAGAAGAGUGCAUUUAAUAUUUCUCUAAGCGUUUUCCCAGCUAUGGUACAUUUCAAGGCAGAAAAGUGAUGAUGCAGAGUGAGAAACAGAAGCACCGCGGGGACGAGGAGGUGGUCAAGGAACUGUGCUUGGCCAAUGGAGUGUCCUUUGGAAAUAUUGCACACGUAGGAAGCAAAGUCGGCUCCCUGGAGAUCUUCUUCUCUGGUUUCCCCCGCAUGGUUGGGCUCUCCUUCUUCCCAAGGCUCUGCCAGUUUACCAUUUUGGGCCAGGAUAUAAAACACAUUGAAGGACUUGAGUGCUGCCCCCUGCUUCGGGAGCUCUGGGUAGUCCAGUGUCAUCUUACAGGGUUAUCUGGGCUACAGGAUUGUCUACAACUAGAGAAACUUUACCUGUAUGAUAAUCAGAUCUGUGAAAUAACGAAUUUAGAAUUGCAGAUUAACCUCGAAGUCUUGUGGCUCAACAACAACUGCAUAACUCAGAUAAAGGGCUUGAACACGCUUCAAAACCUCAAAGAACUAAACCUUGCGGACAACAAUAUUGAAAAGAUUGGGCAUAGCCUUGAUCCUAAUGUCAGCCUUCAGAAUCUUAAUCUGUCCGGGAACAAGAUCAGCUCAUUUAAGGAGCUGACCCUGCUUGCCCGCUUACCCCGUCUGAGAGAACUAGCACUGAAGGACCCAACGUCAACCUCAAACCCAGUGUGUCUUUUGUGUAACUACGCCACACACGUUCUUUACCACAUCCCAGGCCUCCAGCGACUUGACACCUACGAUGUAUUGGGCAAGCAAGUCAAGGAAGCAGCUGAGUCCACAGUAAUGAAGAAAACAAUGUACUACAACAUGCGUGUACGUACUGCUCAGAGGAACCUGGCAGAGGUGCGGCUCAGUCUGAUGGAGAGGAAGAAAACUAUGUUACAGUUACCAGGAGAAUGCAUCAGAACACUCAAUCACACCCUCAAGAGUCUUGAAGGUGAGCUCUCCAAGGUGCCAGCUAGUUGUAAGAAGCCUGCCUGCACGUUGGAGGACGGAUCGACCCACUCGGUUGAAGGUUCAAUCGACAGAAGUGACCAAACCACUGACAUCAGUCGCGAUCCAGCCGUGGAGCACAAAAUACUCAACAAGAUUGACGCACUGAGGGAGCGACUGGUGCCAUGGAUGAGGAGGCUGAAUGAGAUUGAAGCCUGGUAUGAGCGCGGUUUGACACAAGCCACAAACAUGAUGGAAUAUACUGUCCAGUUUCUAUUGAUGGAGCUGGAAAGUGUUGGAAAUAUUCGUUUGGAAGAGGGCUGCUGCACAGACCUAUGGUUUACUUCCUGUUGCGACCUCCUGCAUUCCCGCUUCUCUCAUUCAGACUUUAAGGUUCACAACAUUGCUGGCAUUAAGAUCAGUAGAGUUAUCCGCAUCCACAACAGUGCUUUAAGACUGCGCUUUGAGGACAAACUUCACACCCUUCUAGCAAGCGAAGAGUCUAUUUCUUCACUCAGGAACUACAGACGUCGGCUGGAGUACUUGUUCUACAUAGCUGACCCUGAAAAAAAUAGCGAGAGGGAAGAAAUUCUGUGCAUUCUAGAGGAAGGUUUCAAAACAACCGAACAAAAUAAGGCAUUGGAAAGAGAGGGUGCUAUACCGUUAUCCAACAGCCUGAGUGUGGCUGAACAGCCCAGAAUUGAACACGCACUGCGCCAGGCCAGCCAAGACGAGUCCAAGCACAGCACGGACACAAUCCACUUCAGGCACGGUCAGAUUAUUGUUUCCAAAGUUUUUGUGGGCCACAGCGUGCCUAUCCGAGAGGGAGACCCGCUGGACAGAAGCACAUAUCCCAAAGCAUACUCAGUUUAUCGCAAUGUGGACACUAAGCACAGAACUGCACCAAGUGAAGAGAGACCCGACUCCACCAACACACACACAGGUCCUGAGUGCAGUCCCAGACGAAGACAGUGGUUUGUGUUUGACCAUGAGCUUGUCCUGCCUGAGUACAUCAUUUAUUUUGAAUACAUCACCACCGGGGAUCAAGAACAACCACACAGCAAAGGCAUUGAUGAGACUCCGUCCAACGACAUCAUCCUAGACAGGGAAGUCCUCAACAUGGAACCUGUGCUGAAACCGCAGCCCAGGUUGUUGAGCUUGGAUGACAAAAUUCUGCUUAAUGUGGCCAGAGCCAAUGUCCUCAGUCAAAUCACUGUGCUAAACCUUCAUGGCAACAGUCUUAGGAAACUAAAGGAGAUUUCCCGCCUCACAGCUCUGCGGCAUCUUACCAUCAGCUUCAAUGAGUUCACACACUUGGAUGACAUUUCUCACAUGCCCAACCUUAAGUUUUUGGAUGCUAGCUACAAUCGCCUAGUGACCCUAGAAGGGCUGAGGAGGUUGGGACAGCUCCAACAGCUCGACCUGCGCUGGAACAAGCUGACCAAGGCCAGAGAGGAUACAGCUGUGCUGAGAAAACACACGCCUGCUCUGCUGAAGCUUGACACCCGAUUUAACCCCUGGAUCGGGUCCAAAACAGUCCGAAUGACCACACUGGGCUGUCUAACAACCCUCACACACCUGGACAAUAUGAUGGUAGCAGAGCAGGAGGCUGCUUAUGCUGUUCUGAUGGCAGCCGGAUCCAAAAUUAACCAGGCAUCUCUUCUGGCUCACUCGAGUACCAACAGGGACCGACCCCGCAGUCUCAGCCUGCUGUCAACAGCCCAGCUCUUAUGUCCUCUCAGUCCUGCACCCCGGGGCCUCACCCGAGAGCUGGAGCUUGACUGGACUGCAAAGAUCACUGUCCUAAACCUUGACAGCCAGAAUAUUUCCAAACUGAUCAAUCUGAAUAAGCUGGUCAACCUUCGCUGGGCUUCCUUCAAUGAUAAUGACAUUUCUAAAGUGGAGGGUCUUGACAGCUGCUUGAAGCUGGAGGAGCUUUCCCUCAACAACAACAACAUAAGCACACUCAAUGGACUAUCAAAGCUGCAGCUCCUAAAUAAACUGAGUCUGGAUGGGAAUCAGCUGUCUAGUCUGGAUGCCUCAGCCUUAGAUCGGCUGCCUAACCUCUCCUUUAUGUCUGUGGAGAACAACUGUAUCAGUUCUGUGCAUGGCAUCCAGAGAGUUCGCUCCCUUCUUGAGCUCUACAUCGGCAACAACCAAAUCUCUACGUCCCGUGACAUCUACUAUCUGAAGAGAUUGACAAACCUCAUCAUUCUGGAUCUUUAUGGGAAUCCUUUCGUGGAGAAACUGGAAAACUAUCGGAUUUAUGUUGUUUUCCAUCUACCCUCCCUAAAAGCUCUGGAUGGCAUUGCAGUGGAGGUGACUGAGUGUGAAAGUGCAAAGGAUAUGUUUGGAGGAAGACUAACCCCUGACAUGGUAGCAGAGAAGCUGGGCCACUCAAACUACACAGACAUCGCCUACCUUACCCUGCAGUCCUGCUCCAUUAGGAUGGUUGAUCUGUCUCCAGCAGACCUGUUCUGUAGGCUGUGCAGCGUCAACUUAGACCACAACAACCUCACCUCUUUUUCUGGCCUCAUUUACCUGCCCAACAUCAAAGCUCUGUGUCUGAACUACAACCACAUUGAGUCCAUCCUGCCCAGACGGAAGGCUCCUCUCACAAACAGGCAGAUUUUGUUCAGCAAAGUUCACUCCAGUGGUUACGGCCAACAGAGCCCAUCUAAAGGCAAAGGGGAAACUGGGCCCCUGGAGCCACUGAUGGGCAGCCUGGAGGUGCUGCAUUUGAGUCACAAUGGCAUCUCCAAUAUGGCCAAUCUGCAGCUCAGCAGGCUCACCAAUCUUAAAGCACUCUUCCUUCAAGGUAAUGAGAUCAGCCAGGUGGAAGGAUUGGAGGGGCUUCGCCAGCUCAGAGAGCUUGUGUUAGACAGGAAUCGGAUCAAAGCUCUGGCUGAUAACUCUUUCAUAGCCCAGAACGUCCUGCUAGAUCUGCACCUUGCAGAGAACCGGAUCCGGGAGCUCAACCAUCUCGAUCCUUUGAUUGAGCUCCGCAAGCUCUUCCUUGGCAUGAACAAACUGCAGGACAUCACAGAGCUUGACAAACUAGAAGUUCUUCCUUCGCUGACUGAGCUCUCUGUUAUUGGCAACCCUGUGGCCAGAAAUUCUCUCCACAGACCAGCAAUAGUACUCCAUCUGUCCCAGUUGCAGGUCCUGGACGAAGUGAUGAUCACCCUGGAGGAGAGGACCAGGGCUGAACUCUUCAGUGCUGAUCCAUCAACAUGCUGCCAAUGCCCUGGAGCUUCUCUUCCUACCACUGUCAUAAACCUACCUGGACUGCUAUCCCUCAUGCCUCAAAACAUCCCUCUAAGAGGAACGACUAUAAGUGGAGGACUACAGAACUUUAUGCAUGGGCAAGAUACCCUGCCAAGUAAUGUGGACGAGGCCCAACCUCAUUCCACAAGCAAGUACAAGAAGCACAGGCUCGGUAAUGCUGUUCGUAGCGGCCAAGCUGACAAUACAUUUAGACACGUUCAAAUAACACGAAGCAACCUGCCAAUCACAGGUCUCCUUCAUGAUGGGAACAGAGUCAUCAUAACCUAUCCCAGCCAGGAGCAAGACAGCAGAUUUCCAAACAGCGGAAAACCUCCCCCCAUGUAGCAGCUACAAGAGGUGGACACAUGCAACAGCCAUGUGGUACGAUCAUAUGUCGUCGUAUUUUAGGGCAUCAUAUCUUGAGCGUGGUGUUAUUGUAAGUGUGCCUUAAUGUAUAUGAGCUUCUGCAUACACUUAUGUAUGAUAGUUUUUUGACCUGACAAUAAAUAACUUUCUGUAACCUUUUUUUUAAUGUUUUUGCUGUUUACAUAUCAAUAAAUCACCUUUGGCACUCUUAUGUUUAAGCUAAAGCAUGUUUGGUGUUAAAGAAAAUUAGGUUACUUGUAGGUUACAUGUAGUGCAUCCCUUUCAAAUGCAUUUAUAAUGACUGUGACCUUAUUUUUUAUCCACAUAUGUGGAUCACUAACCAUGGUAAUCUGAGGAUGAGAGGUUUUGGUUUCAUUUCUGCUGCUAUCCCAUCCUUGGCCCCAAACAAGUGAAAAAACACCCACAGAUGUAAGGGCGUGUGAGGCUGGCAUGCUGCUUCCAUGGGGUCAAAAGGAUCCCCAACAAGUGGAUAAUCCAGCUUUAGCACACCUCUCUGUGGACAAUAAUCUGCAGUCACUCAGAUAAAGAUGUAAUCUUGAAUGAGGUCCAAACGGAUUUCAGAGAUUGUCAGUUUCAUCAUGUUAGCCUCUUUUCGAAAACCCCUCCGCAGUUUUGACUAAUAGGCAAAUCUCGUGUGUUGUAACUGGAAAUGAACCCACUCUAUUUGAUAUUGAUGUUAGUUCUGCUGAACAUGAGAUUAUAAUCCUUCCUGUCUUCCUGACAGUUGAGCCUGGAAUCCUGUAGUUAACAAAAACACCAGUCUGAGCCUUAAAUGACGAUACAGCCCAUAGUAUGUGGUCUGAAAUGUGGUUCCUUCUGGGACCAUUAAACUAAUCAUUGCAUGAUGAAAACCCCCAUGUGAAAUUAUUUAGAUAGGACAUCUGUUUUCAUCCAGCCACUGUGCAGACUAUUAUCUUUCUCACCAACCUCUUUUAGAGUUAAAUUAUUGUUUACUUUAUCACAAUACAUACUCCUUAAAAAAGAAACACCAUAUUUGCCAAAUACUGGAAACAAAAGCAGAGAGUUUUACCAAGAACACCCUUUCCAAAGGACUUCUCUUUGAAUCCAUUUGAGCCAGGAGUAAAAACAGACGAUGCUUGGUUUACAGUGCAUUUGCAAUAUGUUAGAUGUAUAAAGUAUUCCAUUUGUGCAUGAAAAGAAAAUAUUUAAAAGACAGUAUAAAAUAGUGAUAAUGACAUACAACAAAUUUAAUCAAAAAAAAGUAAGAAACAAAAAACAACAGCAGAAAAAACCCCAGAACAAACACAUGCAUAUUAAUAUACACAUACAGUGAGAACACCCCCUCCCCCUAUCCCAAUCUCUCUUGCAGAAGCAGCAACAUUUUCUGUCAUAUUUCUAAUUUCAACCUGAACUCUGUGGCGGUAAUGUGACCACUAGGUGUCCUUAGAGCUCCAUUAGCUCUCCCUGUACGACACCGCUAAUCAGUCCUCGAUGUAUUUACCACUUGCCCUCUAGAUGGUAAUUUAUCAGUUGAAGGCGGUUAUGUGCGUAUGUUUUAGUUUUGUGUUCCCUGCCUGUGUGGCCUUUGGCAACAGUGAAAAGCUCUC